ACUCUGGACAGCUCAGCUGCCUGAUCACAAGUUCCAGGGACUGAACUGAAAAUGCAGAGGCCUUCGGAGUCUCGGAAACAACAUGGGCUCUUGCCUGCUGUGAAUGCCCAAAAGAAGGAGCACGGUAGAAGGCUGAAGAGACCCCUGGAUCAAGGAGUGAUAAAGAAUGUGACCGUUCCUCCUAAAUUUCACAAGCAUGGCAAGAGGUUGGCUGUUGAAGCAGAAAAACGCAAUGAGGAGGAGAGUACUGUGCACAAGCAUGAGGCCAGGCCACCCAAAACCCCACAGGAGGGAAGUCCUCAAGGCACUCUGAUAAGCAGCAAGCCACAAGAACCUUCCAAUCUGCCUUACACUCCAGUGAUCUGUCAGCAGCAAUCUGUGAUUGCUUUUUCUGCCAAGCAGCCUGAUCCCUUGGCCAGGCCCCAAAGAUACUCAAGUGUGAUCGUGCAAAUCCGUGACAUUGCUGGGCCUCUUCCACUGCAGCCGCAGGCCCCUAAUGCCACCAAGGAGGAUUCUGUUGCUGCUGCCUUAGAGUGGCAGAGGAAGCUGGAGGCUGCUGAGGCUCUGUUGGCACUGAGAAACUCUCCUGUGCCUCCUCCUGAUUCUGCCUCUCCACAACAGGGUUGCAUCAUGCCAAAUACCUAUCUUCCUGAACAUGGACCACAAGGUUCUGCUGGAGAGAAAGGUCUGCAGCCUAGUAGCCACUCCCAGCCACCACGGUCUGCCAACUCUGUCUCACUUACUGGAAGUCUGGACUGCAUGUCCUUCUUUACCUAAGAGACCAGACUGGGAGGUCUCACUACAGCACUAUCUGCUUCAUAUCCUGUUUCAUACCUACAGUGACAAGUGAUUUUAAAUUCUUUUUACUUUUGAGAUGAGUUCUCAUGCAGCCAGCCUGGCCUUGGAUUCAGCAUACACUGACGAUGACUUUGAACUCCUGAGUUUUCUCCACAUCCUAAGUGCUAGGAUUAUAGGCAUGUGCUACCUUGCCUGUUUUUUUUUUUUUAAUUAUUCUUAAGUUUUCAGGAGUUUUAUAAGCUUUCAAACCCCGUUUAUUGUGUAGAACAUUUACUUGAUUGAGGUUGGCUGCUGCAUCUCUAUUGGGUGUUCCUUUGGGAUAAUCGCUUUCUAUGCCUCUUAGAAAAAACAGUAUUGUAUGAUCUAACGUGAUAAAUCAAUGGGAUUCCAAGUGGGUUUGUAUGCCAGCAUUUUUAUUUGUCCUGGGACCGUACCCCUGUUGGCACACCCCUGUAUGUAGUCAUCCAUGUGGAAUCAUGAAGACUUCUCACUGCGUCUAGGCAUGUGGGUAUGUGAACAAAUAAUAAACACGUGCUGUAGCACUG